AUAAUCGUUGAUGGAGUAGCAAUCACGUAUUAGCUCCCCAGUGCCGACGAAGACUCGAAUCUACAGACCUUCGUACCUCCACCGACCGUUGAAUGCGGGUUGAUAUUUGCUGUUGCUGCUGAGAUUGUUGGGAAUUUAACCGAGGUUUUGGCUGAGCUAAUGCUUGAUUGGUGCCCGCGGUCGCACUCACGGAUGUGAAAGACAGCCAUUUUCUGUCUGGGUUUGCUGCCCAGUGAGCUGAGCUAUCCUUUCCAUCUCCCCAAAGUUUUCUUGAUUUCCAGAGGGGGAGAAUGAUGGAAGCAUCGGGUGAAGGCCGCUCGGAUGAUCUGCUCACUGUGUCUUCUCCUUCUUCUUCCUCCUCCUCGUCUAGCAGAACAUUUGGGGUUCAGUUCCCGGCACUCAACUUCUUUCAGUCCCCAUUGUCGGUUAUACUCGAAUACUCUGGCAUUGUCCCACCGACACAGUCCCAGGACCCAGCUCAGCCCCCCCUCAUCAUUGCAGACCCAGUUCAGACCCAGCUGCCAAAUUGCCCGCCCGCCCUCAGUGCUGCCCAUGGAGACGGGGAGGUCUCCAUUCGGAUCAUCGGUUCCAGUGAAGGUAAUGUUGCUGGUGAGAGCGGGGAGCACAGUGUCUGUGAUGGUUUAACUGAUAUUGCUUCGACCACUGUUGAGAGUGAAGAACUUUUAUUAGGGUCUCCAUCUUCUCCCUCCACUUCAUUGCAAGGGAGUGUAAAUUCUGAAGAAGGGGAUCUUGGGAGUGGUAAUGGAAGCGGAAGGGACUCAGCUUACCAGAGAUACGAGUUGCAGCAAGUGGGAAGGUGGAUUGAGCAGAUUCUUCCUUUCUCAUUGCUGUUGCUGGUAGUGUUUAUCCGCCAACAUUUGCAAGGUUUCUUCAUAACAAUAUGGGUUGCAGCUGUCAUGUUCAAGUCAAAUGAUAUAAUCCGAAAGCAGACUGCUUUAAAGGGAGAGAGGAGAAACUCUGUUCUGGUCUUCAUUUCUUCAACUUUCGCGCUCUAUGUAGUCGGUAUUUACUGGUGGUAUCACAAUGAUAACGUUUUAUAUCCGCUCCUAAUGCUUCCUCCAAAGGCACCACCUCCCUUCUGGCAUGCUAUAUUCAUCAUCAUGCUUAAUGAUAUAAUGGUGAGGCAGGCAGCAAUGGCUUUGAAGUGUCUGCUGCUGAUGUAUUACAAGAAUGGAAGGGGUCAUAAUUUCCGUAGGCAGGGUCAAAUGCUGACUCUGGUGGAAUAUGGUCUGCUCUUGUACCGUGCUUUAUUGCCAACCCCUGUUUGGUACCGAUUCUUCUUGAACAAGGACUAUGGGAGCUUAUUCUCAUCAUUAACCACGGGGUUGUAUUUGACUUUCAAGCUCACUUCCGUCAUUGACAAGGUCCGAUCCUUCAUUGCUGCAAUAAAGGCAUUGUCACACAAGGAAGUGCAUUAUGGAUCUCAUGCUACGAAAGAGCAGGUCAAUGCAGCCGGAGAUCUGUGUGCUAUAUGUCAGGAGAAGAUGCACGUCCCCAUUCUUCUACGAUGCAAACACAUAUUUUGUGAGGAAUGUGUCUCUGAAUGGUUCGAGAGAGAAAGGACUUGCCCUCUAUGCCGAGCUCUUGUCAAGUCAGCAGAUCUGCAGUCGUUCGGGGAUGGUUCAACAACCCUAUUUUUCCAAGUUUUCUGAAGCUUCUUACCUAAGUUAUUCACAGUAUAUGCUGAUAUUUCCCCGUUUUCAUUUGCAAUUCUCCCGGGAAAUCGCUAUCCAUGUGAGAGGCUCAACUUAAUAGAUUAUAAUAUUAGUUCGCGCAACUGUAUAGAUCAUUGAACCUUCUUCGAGGUUGUAAACCGCAAUACUGCACUUUCCUACAUGGAUUGUAUCGACAGUAAGAAUGUUCAUACUCUUCGAAUCCCACCAUUUGCAGUGAUUAAGAUGAUACUUUCUUCGCUCUAGCAAAA